UUUCUUUCCUACUUACUCACUUUCUUUUGAGAGAGAGAGGAAGAGAGAGAGAGGCCGGAGGAGGAGGAGGAGGAGGGCGUCGGCGGCGUCCGGCUGCGAGCGGCGAGGAUGAGCGCCUCCAGGUUCAUAAAGUGCGUCACCGUCGGGGACGGCGCCGUCGGCAAGACCUGCAUGCUCAUCUCCUACACCUCCAACACCUUCCCCACAGAUUAUGUUCCGACGGUGUUUGACAAUUUCAGUGCUAACGUCGUGGUUGAUGGUAACACUGUCAACCUCGGGCUAUGGGACACUGCAGGUCAGGAGGAUUACAACAGACUGAGACCACUGAGUUAUCGUGGAGCUGAUGUUUUCCUUCUGGCUUUCUCGCUAAUCAGUAAGGCCAGCUACGAGAAUGUUUCGAAGAAGUGGAUACCUGAGCUGAAGCAUUAUGCACCUGGUGUGCCUAUUAUCCUUGUGGGAACAAAGCUUGAUCUUCGAGAUGACAAGCAGUUUUUUGUGGACCAUCCUGGUGCUGUUCCUAUCACCACUGCUCAGGGAGAGGAACUAAGAAAGCAAAUAGGCGCCCCAUACUACAUCGAAUGCAGCUCAAAGACCCAACUAAAUGUCAAGGGCGUUUUCGAUGCGGCAAUAAAGGUGGUGCUGCAGCCACCGAAGGCGAAGAAGAAGAAAAAGGCACAAAGGGGGGCGUGCUCCAUUUUGUGAUCUAAUCAUCAGUAGACGACGAAGAAGAAGAACGAUGAAGUUGCCAGGCUUUUAUUAUUGUAGCGUCUUGCUUCAGCGAAACAGCAUUCAUGGUCUGGGAUCCUAGUUUACUGGCAGCUGCAGCAAGGCCUCUUUGUCGAGGCAAUGAGCGAUCCGUUUGUUUCGUUUUCUCCUUUCUGCCUUGUGAUUAUCUCGUGUGACUGACAAGUCGUGGCAAUUAGGUAACUUUCUUAGAUGGUAUUUCCCGUGUUUGAGAAAAAAAUUCCUGUUAUCCCUGUUCCAUAAGUAGACAUGAUGUAAUCGCACUCCAGUUUAUUCUUUUCCUUCUUAUUUCACUUCAAUGGAAAAUUAUGUUUCCCUUCA